AUGGAGUCGCUAGGCUUCAAUUUUCAGCAUACGCCUGUCAAACUUUGCCCCUGGCAAAAGAACCGCCUAAUCACUUGGCCAACUACCGUGAAAGUACCGGAUAACUGCGCUAUUCAUGUUCCCGACACCGCAUUCCCUUUCGUUCCUUCUCGUUUAGGAGCGUCUACUUUAGCCGCCAGCUCCCCGGAUGCUAUCGGCAGCUACACCGGUUGCGCCAUCUCAUGUGAAACUCUCGCGACCAAAUUCCCUAACCAGGUCUACCUCGGCGCAACCAACGGUACGGACUAUGUGGCGUCUCGGGAAGGCUUCUGGUCAACCAUCCAGGGCGACGUAUCUCCCUCCUGCUUCUUUCAGCCUGUCAGUACCACCGAGGUCUCAGUCGCCCUUAAAGAUAUCCCAAACACAGGCUCUUCGACGAUUGAGGGAGGUCUCGUGAUUGACCUGGUCCGGCUCAACGGAAUCACACUGAGCGAAGACAAGGUCUCGGCGAUUGUGGAGCCUGGAAACACUUGGGCUUACACAUAUGAGAAUCUCCAGAAGUCUGGCGUGACCAUCCCUGACGGUCGGAUGUUUGGAAUCGAGUUUGAGGUUGUCGUGGCCAGCAGCGAGAUUGUGAAUGCAUCAACAACACCAAACCUCGACCUCUACUGGGCCCUUCGGGGAGGUGGCAGUAACUUCGGUGCUGUCACCAGGUUUAAGUUCAACACAUUCCCGCAGGACAAGAUGUGGUACGCGAAGCUCCAUUACGACGCCGCUGAGAACAUCACGGCCAACGCGGCUUUCGCUGACUGGGGUACGAUUCAAUCCCCCAAAUAUCUUAGCAACGCGGCGGUUUUGUCCUGGAACGAGGAAGCCAGCGCACUGGCUUUCAUCUCCAUCCAGCAGAUCCAGAUCCAGGCCAUCAACAAAUCCCAGCUGGAGUUGAUGCGACGAAACGGCGGGAAUCCUCACCGACUCGGGGAACAGUCGCAGCCUCUUGGCUUUGUGAACCUACGGGCAAGGUGGGAGAGCGCAAAAGACGACGAUGCCAUUUACAGAGCUCAGCAGCGCACAGAAGAGAGAAUCAACAAGGUGGCAGAUGAGAUGGGCCUUGAUUCGGGCUACAAGUACACGAACUACGUCAGCCAAUUCCAGGACCCGUUUGCUGGUUGUGGGCAGGCCAACAAGGAACGGUUGAGGUCAAUUGCUGAGAAGUCUGAUCCAAGCGGCGCUUUCCAAGAACUCUCCCCUGGCGGCUUCAAGGCUACGAAAGGUGCCCCUCAGAUCCUCUGA